UAUUUUGUAUUAUAGUGUAUGGGGUGGUCCUGGUAUUUAGCCAAUGACUAUCAGUUUUAUUGCAUUGCGCCAUUGUUUUUGUAUGCCAUGUACAGGUUCAAGCUCCCAGGAAUGGCCCUAACAGUUGGUAGUUUCCUGGUGGCGAGUUUCAUAGCUACUGGGGCCAUUGAAGSCUAUUAUCAUUCCUCUUUAUCGACCUACAUCUACGUUAAGCCUUACUGUCGUAUAUCGCCUUACCUCGUUGGCAUUGUACUUGGUUAUGUAUUCGUUGCUGACAGAACGCAUUCAUUUCUGCUAAAACUUCGACCUAUCCCGCGAAUGAUAUUCCUGGUAAUUGGCUGGUCCACUGCCUUUACCUGUGCUUUCUCGACAUUAUAUGGCUUGUACAAAACCGUUAGAGCUGACAAUCCAAUACCAUUGACAGAUACCGAGAAAGUUGUGUAUGUGACAUUUUCCAGAUUUGCUUGGGGCCUCUCCCUUGCAUGGGUUAUUUACGUGUGUCAUGCUGGAUUUGGGGGUCUGGUGGACAAUAUUUUAUCAGCUCGUUUCUGGAUUCCUUUGAGUCGAUUGACAUACGGUGUUUACCUGGUCCAUCCUAUGGUCCUUGUAGCGUUUUAUGGCACCCUGCAGAGUACUGUAGCAUACACUGAUUUCUUGAUGGUCAUCUUUUUCCUCGGCUGUUUAAUGGUGUCGUAUGGCGUGUCGUUCAUUCUCGCGAUAGCGAUUGAAUUUCCCUCCAUGCAACUCGAGAAAUUAUUUCACUGACUUCCGUAGUGAGCUAAAGUUGUCGCCUCAUAAUUUUGAACAGCUUUUAAUGUUUUUGUUUUCAGUGAGAAAAUUUAAUUCAAAGGGAAAUUAUUUCAUAGCUUUUAUAGGACUGAUUUCAAUAGCAAUUUUGUCAUAUGAUAAAAUGUGCGAUUUUUAUUGCGAUUUUAUCCCUAAAUCGCACAUGUCUGCAAAUUCAAGACGAUUUCACUGCGAUCGGUCGUAGGUCUAUCGCAGUCAAUUCGAACUUGGUCGAAAUUUGUGUUCAAAUCGCUACGAUUUUCACUUGAAAUUAAAUUUGUAUGUAAAAUCAGCGUGAAUGUGCAGACUGUUUGCAAAAAUCACAGCUUAUGUUGCGCGACAAACUUGCUAGUGAAAACAGGCUUUAUAUCCCACAUGUUGCUUGUGACUUAAGACCAUAUAUUGUAUUGAGCAGUAAAUUGGCAGAUAUGAUUUGUA